AUGUCAAACAUCUUGGGCGUUUUUGGUUUAAGCUUGAGAACUAGAGAGGAGGACUUGGAGGAUGAAUUCCGUAAAUUUGGUGCCAUUGAAAAAGUUACUAUUGUUUAUGAUCACAGGACUGACAGAUCAAGAGGCUUUGGUUUCGUAUACUUCCAAGAUCAAGAGGAUGCCACUCGUGCUCGUGAUGCAAUGAAUGGCAAAGACAUUGAUGGACGUAAAAUUCGUGUUGAUUAUUCUGUCACUCAUCGUCCUCAUACUCCCACCCCUGGCCAGUAUAUGGGCGAGAGAAGACCCAACUACUAUGACCGUGACCGCAGAUUUAGAGAUAGACGAAGCCGUAGAAGUCGUUCUCGUUCUUUUGACAGACGUAGAAGAUACUAUCGUUCAAGAAGCCGCAGCCGAUCUUGGUCUCGUUAA